UAUAAAUGUGAUUGGAAUGGGCUUUAAUAAAAGAAAGCCCAGAACUAAAAUCGGAACGCUGCUGCCUUAUUUGAGAGAAGCAAUGAACGCUGAUUCAUUUUAAAAGUGUAAAGCCCUGGUCUGUCUCACUCCGUUGGUCACAGUCGUUGCACGGCCGCCGCUGCUGUCUACGUAUUCGGAAAACGCUAAAGUUAAAGUGCAUUCUAAGGACUUCUAAAAAAUUGAAGUUAGGACAGAAUAAGCAAAGAGGAGGAUUUUGUGGCCAAAUAGCAUUAGAUCACAUUGAAGAAGGGUUGAUAGAUGGCGUUGAGGCGUCUCCUAGGCUGGUCAGAUGGUGAAUUGAUGAGAUCGGAUGCAAAGCCUUGUUCCAGAUUAAUGAGACAGACAGCUGGAAUUUUCACUGUUGGAGGAGCUUUGGGAUUUUGGGUUCUCUGUAGAUUACAUUAUGGCCCCAGGAUUACAGUUCCUAGAAGUCUACGUUGGGCAGCCUGUGGAGCUGUUUCUGUAAGCUCAACAUCUGCUUUGUUGGUUCGCCUAUUCAGUCCUGAAUGUGAACCCCAAAAUAUAGCUGCUUACGACAAGGGAAAGUAGCUCUAGGGUUCCUCACGCCUUGUCAAAUUUCAUGGCUGGUUUCAUUAAUUGACCAGUGUGGUGACAGUGUCCUUUGUUUUGUCUCUGUGAUCUUUGCCGUGCCGAUUGUUUAUCAAUUUUCCAGUAAGACAUGGUGCACAAGCAUCGUAGAGGGUGCUUUUUUCUGUUUUUUGUGCCAUUUGCUGUAAUAAGAUAUAUCUACUGAACAGAGGAAAAUAUAUCAGUUGAAAUGGAGGGGAUUCAAACUA